CGGCCGCGCGCGGGGUGCUCCACGCGUCCAGCGCGAGCCAGGCGUCCUUCCUUUCCUUCUCCCCGCCGUCGUCGUGUCCUCAUCCAGCCGUGCAGGCAGUGGCGGUGGACCGGAGAUCUCCGCUCCAGCUCCGAUUGAUGAUCCCCCCACCCAACUUCUUCCGCCAAGUGUUACUCAGGCGUUCCCUUUCCCUCCCCUCCCCCUCCCCCUCCCCUGUGGCCUGAGAGCUGUUCUGCAGAGCCCAAGAGAAGUCGUUGGUGCAGACAGCCUUGGAUUGGAUGUGGAAUGAGGCGAUGGCAUCUGACGGAUCAUCCUCCUCUACCUUCCGGGGGUUGUACGGCAACGUCCACGGCCCGGCGGUGCUCACUGGCGCGGCGUUCGCGCUCGUGGCGCUCCUCAUCUCGCUCUGGCUCAUCCUGCAGCACCUCAGAUCCUACAGCGAUCCAGCUGAACAGAAGUGGAUCAUAGCUGUGCUGUUCAUGGUGCCUGUUUAUGCCUGCGAAUCGAUAAUCUCACUGUGGAACUCGAAGCUCUCUCUGGCCUGUGAUAUAUUACGGAAUUGUUACGAAGCCUUUGCUCUGUACGCCUUCGGACGAUACUUGGUGGCUUGCCUUGGCGGGGAACGGCAAGUGUUCCGUCUGCUUGAGAGCAGGAAGAGGGACGAGCUGAGCCAGGAGUUGCUAGACAAGGCACGAGCUCGUAACCGCGGCGGAGCGUACAGUUUCUUCUGUGACCCUGACGCUCUGGGAGAGAACCUGUACACGAUUAUAAAGUUCGGCCUUGUUCAAUACAUGAUUCUCAAGACACUAUGCGCUCUCUUGGCGUUGGUCUUGGAGCCUUUUGGAGCCUAUGGAGAUGGCGAAUUCAAGUGGAAUUACGGGUAUCCUUACAUUGCCGCUGUCAUAAACUUCAGCCAGACAUGGGCCUUGUAUUGCCUUGUGAAGUUUUACAACGCGACGCAUGAAAAGCUACAGGCGAUAAGGCCACUAGCCAAGUUCAUAAGCUUUAAGGCCAUCGUGUUUGCCACUUGGUGGCAGGGAGUCGGCAUUGCGAUCAUCUGCCAAACUGGACUCCUGCCCAAAGAGGGCAAAGUGCAGAACGCGCUACAGGACUUCCUCAUCUGCAUCGAGAUGGCUAUCGCAGCGGUAGCGCAUGCCUACGUCUUCACCGUGGAGCCGUACCAGCACGUCCCUGCUCUACCUCCUGAUCACGGGGAAGUCAUGUGUCAGGAAAGCAAAAUGGAGGUGGAGGUGGAUGUCGACGACGAUACAGGCGGUACACCAGCUUCCAUUGCGCAGCAGGAGACCCAUGUCGAAGCUCCAGGAGGGACGAGCAUCAAGGAGAGCGUGCAGGAUGUCGUCCUCGGCGGCGGCCAGCAUGUUGUCAAGGAUGUCGCGCUUACGAUCUCACAAGCGAUCGGGCCCGUGGAAAAGGGCGUCGGGAAGAUCCAGGAGAAAUUCCACCACAUCUCGCUGAAGCCAGGGGACAAGAAAGAGCCUCAAGUUGCUGUGGAGGAGCACGUAACUGAGAACGUGGUGGAUGGCAAACCUGCUGUUGCGGUCAACGCGGAGGUUGAAGUCCAACAGAAGGCGCAGGAUCGUCGUGGCGAGGAAGAAGGUGUGCAACUCAAAAGAACAGAGAAGGAAGGACGAUUGUCACACCUGAGAGUGCCAUGGUGGAAGAUGCAAAGGAAGCGGGAGCAGGUGCAGGAGCAAGCGGAGUCGAAGGCUGAAGCUGUGCGAGGGCCGGACGGUGAACAGGGGUGAUUGUGUUGGCCUGCAUCUAAAUGGGCUGUAAGACCAACUCCAGCAGCCUCCGUAUACGGCUCUCCAUCCCCUUUUUUCACUGCGCAGUACACUAUUCAUCAGUCCAGCAGACUCCGUAUCCCUCUCCCUAAAAAGCACGCUGUGUACUUAUACUCCUCUUUUCCACGUCUUCUCUCCUCUCCGUACAAGUCUGAGAAAUGGUGCAAUUAAAAGCCCCGAUAGAGUGUAAAUACGGAGUCUGUUGGAAUGCACCAUGCAAAAAAACCACUUUAUCUAUGAUCACGUCUGCUUAUUUUACGGAUACCUUAUUUUACGGAUAUGGAGCCAUGCUGGAGUUGGUUUAA